AUGUACUGGAACACCACAACCAGUGACCAUGUGCCAUUUCGCCAUGGCCAAAGUCUCUCUGGUACUCCUGUGUUUGCCUCAAUCAACAACCACUUAGGAGUUGAGCCAGGUUGUCGUGACAAUCUUGAGUUGCUCACAUACAUGUUAAUAUAUUUCUUACGUGGCUCCCUUCCAUGGUUAACAAGCGACAACGAGAAGUUGUCCAACUCUACCAUACUCGAGUGCAAAGCACAUGCCACCAUUGCAGAUAUAUGCCAUGACAUCCCCGUUGAGUUCGCCAACAUUCUUAUUUACACCCGCUCUCUCGCAUUCGCAGAAGAUCCUGAUUACGAUCACCUCCAUUCAGUACUUCAUGGUCUUUGUGCCACAUUGCCUGCACCAGCUACAUGCAUGUUGGAUUUUAGCCAACCUGACGGUCCUGCCAUACCUCUAUCACCUGAUGGUCCUUCCAUACCUCCCCCUCUAUCACCUGACCAGUGCUGUGUGGCUGAAGCAAUGUCACCAUUCCCCGCUAUCAUCCCUGCUGCCAUCCCCACUGCCAUCCCUGCUGCUGCUGCUGCAGCAAACACUACCACUCUUCAAAACCCCCGUCAGCGACAACUUCCUGUUAGAUACAGAACUACCGAUGCAGCUAAUGCUGGUCCAGACGAGGGUGAAGUCUUCGACCUUGACAAUAUUUCGGGGGAUGAAGAGGAACCUGGGAAAUCUUCCUGCACCCACCGCUGUGGCACCUGCACUGCUCUAAUCAAAGCCCACUCCAGACCAUCACCAGCACCAUUUGGACUGACCCUUUGGCUACCUGGCAACCUCAAGCAGCCUAAAGGGCUGACUUGA